AAUAUAAAUAAAAAUUUAAUUUUAUGGUUUGUGUCUCAUCAUUUGCGGGGAAGUAAACGCGAACAAAAGUAGUAAAAAUCUUACGUAAAAGAGAGGCAGUGUUAUUUUCAUGAGGAGGCGUGGCUUAUUUAAAUCAACCAAUCGUAUCCUACAGGUAUUGACCCGAGCUGUGACAACAACAAACCUCUCGCCAUUGCUGAGGGGAGGUAUAUCACGCGUUGUGUCUGUGUUGCUCCUUGCAAAGAAGUGGGGAAAUUUUAAUUAUUUUUAAAAUGUGUUAAUUAUUAUUAAUUGGGAGGAAAUCUGUUUCGUGAAAUAAUGUUCAAAUCAAAAAAUCUGGAGUUUGUUAUGAGGUUAGAAAUAAAUUGACUAAACGUCAUAUUUUGCAUCCAAAAGUUUUUACAAUACUUAAAUUAGUGCUUGCUGGAUGCUCUCUUGUGACAGAAUAUGAACGGAUUCAGUACUGGGGAGGAAGACUCGAGAGGUCCUCCUGACCAAAUAUGCUGUCUAGUUGACGAUGGCGAGAGAUGCCCCCGACCAGCAGGUAAUGCAUCGUACAGCAAAAGAAUUCAAAAGACUGUGACCCAAAGGAGAUUGAAGCUUCACUUGGAUAGUGUGGCUCGGCAUAUCUACAUUUGUGAUUAUCAUAAAGGUGUUAUACAGUCGGCAAGAACUAAGCCCAGGCGUAGGAAAGACUCUGAAGAUGAUUCUAAUGAAACUGACACUGAUGUUCCAGAAGUCGAUCUUUUUCAGCUUCAGGUUAACACUUUGCGAAGAUAUAAAAGACAUUAUAAAGUAUCUACGAGGCCAGGGACAAACAAAGCUCAGCUAGCAGAUACGCUAAUGAAGCAUUUCAAAACUAUUCCUGUGAAAGAGAAAGAAGCCUUGACAUUCUUUAUUUAUAUGGUUAAGUCGAACAGUAACAAACUUGACCAGAAAAAUGGCAUUGGGUCUGAUGCUGCAUAGUGAUAUAAACUAUUUUCUCAAUGUUUGUAGAAGUUUUGAGUCUGUUCUUGAAGCCAAGAGAAGAAAGUAGUCAGCAAUGUGAAGUUCUUUUUGAAAAUCGUGUUUUUGUGUAAAAGAUGCCCAAUUUGGUGUGCAUUCCCUCCAAAUUGUAUUUUAAGCUUCUUUUAACAGUUUCUCUUAGUCAUAAUGCUUUAUUUUAACUGAUUGUAAAACAGUCAAAAUUCUGUGUUACUCCAUUGUAAAAUUUUUAGAACUAAUUGUUUGAGGCAGUGAAAUGAUAUUGCAAAACAUCAAAGUAAUCCAAGCUUCCUGUAUUGGGACAGUGCAAUAUAUUGUUGCCUCAUCCAGAUUCCUUGAUUAGUGGGAAUCUUUUAGAGUUUUUGUCAUUGUUUUAUUAUAUGUUAAGUUAAAUUUUUUUUAUUAUGAAUGAUGCAUUUUAUUUAAUGUGUAUAUAUCAUUUUCAAGAAUGAAAAUCUAUGAUUAAUAAAGAUUUAAGUGUACAAUCUUGUACAAUAUUUCGUACUAAGGAGACCAAAUAAAUUUGCUUGUAUUAUAAUUAAUUUAAUGUUAGAGAUGCUGUAUUUAUUUUCAAUGUGUUACACGAGAGGUGCUCAAAAUGUGGAGGUUUGGCAUAGUAUUAGUCUUCCGUCCAAUCUGGGUCUAGUGGGGGCAAAAGAGAAUUAAGAUAGUUGUGGAUAGAAUUGCCAUUAUCUCAAAUUGUGAUUAAAAAAAUAUUGCUGCAAAUGCAGGAAAUGCAUUGCAAGUGCAAGUUUAGACAAUGUGAGAUAAAUCUGCAAUUCAGAACUUUGAAAAGAUUUAACUAGUCUGAAAACUUAGUAGUACCUGGCCAAAUACUGAAAUAAGUCCUUGAGUGGCAAUAAGCAAUGUCUUGUAUCUUAAAAUCCUUAAAUUAAUCUUCAUUUUGAAGAUUUAUUGAAGUUGUAGGAGCAAAAAUUCUGAUCAGUUCUGUUGCUGUUAAAGAAAUAUCUUAUAAACAUUUGCUACAAUUAGGCUAUUUGCUCAAGAGGUUCAUUACAAGUUCUAAAUUUGAACAUAUUCAGAGCUGAGAUUUGAUUUUAUGCUAAUUAUGGUAUGGUUUUAUUGGUAUCUUUAUUGCUGUCUUGUUUAAGUACAUUUUUGUCUAUUGUAUGUUUUUCAACCUGUGAUCAGUACAAGUAGUUAAUACAAAUAAGUUCUCUAUUUUUUAAUAAAAGGACUACAAAGAGUUCAAAGAAUUUUCCUAUCUCCCUUUUGUAUUUCCUACAUCACUGAUUUGGAAGACUUAUCAAGUAAAACAUUUAUUUUCAUCCAAUGUAAAGAAAGUAACACAUUGGAAAAUUAAAACAGCAAAGAACUAAAAGCUGAAUAAAACAUUGAUAUAGAAUUGAAGCUUCAUUUUUCAAUAAGGUUUCUUUUUAUUUUAAGAAUUGUUAGAAAUAACUAAGGAUAUUAAUUUCACAGUUGCUGAAAACUAUUAUGCAUUUAGUAUUAAAAACAUCAAACUUUAAAGUCGUAAGUAUGGGAAAUAUUUUUCUGAAUUAUUAAAUUCUCUUAUUUUGAUUGGCUUCAGUUAAAUACAUAAUAGUAAAUCUUUGAUAAUUAAAGUCAUUAGCUGAAGGAAAUCAACAUUAGUCUUAGGAGUCCAAGUACUUUAUUUUCAAACUCAAGUUUUGAACACUAACAGAUAUGUGUCAAAUUUUAGGUCUUGAACCUUUCUCCUGAUGUAGGUAAUAAUUUUCCAAUGUCAACGAAAGCAUUAAGGUCUCGCAAAAUGAUAAAAGCACAUGGUUGUUUACAGUAUUUUAUAAUAAAUUUUCACAGUAUUCAAUUAAACAUGUCACUUUGAAGUUGUUUAAAUUAUUAUUCUUGUUAACA